AUGAAAAAAAUUUUUCCCUCAAAUCACCUGUUUUUAUUAUUACUGGGGGUCCUGAUUUUUGGACUAAGCAGUGCCUCUGCUGAAGAGGACUCUGGUUCACUUUUUUCAAAAGCAUCUUGUGAUUUUGCACUCGAAUUAUUAAAAGUGCAAUCGAAAGCUGAUGAAGGAAAUGUGGUUUUGUCUCCAAGUAGUGUUGGAGUUUUACUUGCCAUCGUUCAGCAAGGAGCUCAAGAAAACACUCUCACUCAACUUAAUAAUGUUCUUCACAUGACUUCUGAAGAAUCUAAAAAUGCAUUCAAAGCUUCUCUCGAUUUGUUAAGGAAAGAAAAGGAAAAUGUUACAUUGGAGUGGGGAAAUCGAAUUUAUGUAAUCCCUCAGUAUCAUAUCGGUGAGAAUUUCAAUAAAAUAAUAACUGAAAAUUUUGGGACGGAAAUUGAAAAAAUAAGUUUCACUGAUCCAUCACCACAAGAAGCUGCAGAUAAAAUGAAUAAUUGGAUAAAAGAAGUUACACAUGACAACAUAAAAGACUUCAUUUCUCCUGGAUCACUUUCCGAUAGUCUAAGAAUGAUUCUUCUCAAUGCGAUAUAUUUUAAAGGACUUUGGGAUGUUCCCUUUAAAAAAAUGUUAACAGUAAAUAAAAAAUUUGAAAGCAGUCCUGAAAGUUCUGUUGAUGUACCAUUCAUGACUCAAACGGAAAGAUUUUUAGCUGGAGAAAAUAGUAAAAUGAAAAUUAAAUGGGUUGAUUUACCAUUCAAGAAUGAAAAAUUUUCCAUGUUAUUUGUACUCCCAACUGAAAAACACAGAUUGAAUCAAGUCAUGGAAAAAAUAAAUGGAGAUUUUUUAAGAAAAUUAAUUAAUGACGAAGGCACAAGACACGUCACAAUGAGAAUACCAAAAUUUAAACUUAGUAAAAAAUUAUCACUCAAUGGAGUUUUGUCAAUGAUGGGAUUAAAUGAUUUAUUUACCACGGCGGCGAAUUUAAAAGGAAUCGCACCGGAUGAUAAUUUAGUCGUUUCGCAAGUUUUACACGAAGCAAACGUGGAAAUAGACGAAGAGGGAAGCGUUGCUUCUGCCGCCACGGGUAUUUUCUUCGAAGUAACGAGUUUUAUACCGACGGAUAAUCUCGAUUUCAUAGCCGAUCAUCCAUUUUUAUUUUUCAUACUCGAUAGAGCGAACAAAGUUCCACUUUUUGCCGGAAAAGUCGUCAAUCCUUUGUGA